GUUAGAGAUAGAUAAGAGAAUUAGUCUGCUUUAUUCUUAGCCGUCCGAUUCUUUUCAAGAUAUCUCACGUGAUCCUCUCGUGACUUUUGAGACCUAUUCCAUGAAUCAUCGCAUUUUUGCUUUGCUCCGCCGCUACCGUCGCCGGUUUAUGAUGAAUUCAUCUCCGGUUAUCUUUUGUUUCCCUUUUCAGCAGCUCAGAAUUGCAUGCUUUCAUGUGAUAAAAGGCGAUUGAAAAUUGCUUUGUAUGCACUUCUAUGCUCAGGUUAUACGUUCCUACUUGUGGCUUUUCGAACAAUUUAUGUCUCUGUUAUAUCAUUGACUCAUGAGGCUUAUGAGGAUAUUUCAGAUUAUAGCUUUGUUAGAUUUUCUUAUAAUAUUUGGCAUUGGCAUUCACUUGUCCGGUUCUCAUGUGAUGGAUAUGUGAUAGCAUGGAUUGAAAUCUUGAAGCUUUUGGUUAUGGUUUUCGUUCUAAUCUAGUUGACUAUCAUGCUAGAGUUGUGACUAUAUAGCACAACAAUUCAUCUAGUUUCUUUAUUCUGUAAUGAAUGUUUCUGUUAAAAGUUUUGUUAGUUUGAGGACAAAUGAUUCUACAUUCCUCCUAUGUUCACAUCUUGUGACGGUCUUGUGUCACUUCUAUCGACUUGAGUUAAGGAUGAACCAUUUUCAUGACUUUAAAUCCAGUGCAAAAUCUACUCAAUAAGAACAAUGUGGACAUUGUGUAGAGAUUUGAAGACACCAAUCUCCAGUAGUUCCUAAGAAAGAACCAACCUAGAAGACUUGCUAAGCUAUUGUUAUACCCUUUUUAUGGACCAUUGUUAGUUUCUUCUAUUUCUUCACCUAAUUGUCGUAAUGGAGCCUAGUAAACUUAAGAAGCUUCUGAGAACUUAGGGGACGCGGCAAGGAUUACCUUUGUAAGUGCACAUCUCUCUGUCUUUGUGCAGAACCAGAAUCAGCUUCUGCUUUUGUUGAUGGGUUAAGUUAUCAGAUUCUUG